CAUGCACUCAUCGCCACAGUCUCGUUUAUUCACAAGAACAUUAUUCAUGACUGUCAACCUUCGGUCAUCACUUUGUGUUCGUGUGUAUUAUAUUUCUGUGGCAAUUUUUUUUUUAUAUAAAAGUUCUUCCAUCUUUCACUUGAUCAUUCACGUUUCAAAUCCCAUCAAGUGAAUAUUUUUUUUUUUUUUUUUUAAACCCGAUUGUCUCGCUAACAAAUAAUUUCUACCAAGUCAUGUUUCCUUUUCCUGCACAGGUGGGCAGCUUGACAGGACCCCUCGCUGGUCCCGAACUGAGGACUAAACAUGGCCAACUGCCCUCAGUUGUGUCCUACACAAUGGUGCUGACGACACUCUAGGGUCAGCAGUCCAGAGAUGCUCCAGUCCUACAGGUAUACGAUGUGCCGAGGGUGAUGGGAGUCUGUAGGACCUGUGAUAUUGUUCAUCAUUGUGCGAGUAAUGUAUGAUCGUCUUAUGCCAUCUGUUGUACCUUUAUGAUGUCAUUAUAAGUCAUCUUCAAACAAUUCAUCUUAGAAGUCGCUUGGAUGUAAUUUUCAGCUUGAUGGCAGGAUAAAACAAUAGCGAUAUUGUCAAAGAUCGCUGCAAUCCAUUGGAAGAAUGAAUUUUAAAUUUAAUGAAACGAGGCAAGCUGUUGCAGGUGCACAGUUUUCAGAGCACGAUGACAAACAAAAUAAUGGAGUCAUAUCAAUGCAAGCCAGAGAUGUGAGGAUUAUGCUGUGGAUGCUGAUGCCAUCAGAAUGUUCACAAAGUGAGGUCAUCAACCCCCCCCCCCACACUACAGGUGAGCAGGCCAUAAAUUGGGGCCGAGUCACAGCCGGCCGGUCACUCGCACCACACCUGGACUCGACGAUUCCUGUUUCGACUCGCCGAUAGCUCGUGUCACGAUGCCCACCACCCUCGGUCAAAUCUUUGUCUCCAAACUGGAGAUAAAGUUGAAGCCGGUGGACAUGAAGACCUUGCCGCCACUCAGCGCAUUGAUAAAAGACUUUGACACCCUCGGCACUUCGCCUUGCCCUCAGCUGGACUCCAGGAAGGCCUCCACCUUGCAGCGGGUGGCACUCAUGCUGCGAGAGGGCAAGGUAGUCGGGGUACCCACGGACACCGUUUACGCUCUGGCGGCCUCGUGCAAGCACCCGGCCAGCAUCACCCGUCUCUACCACGUCAAGGGCCGGCCCCCGGAGAAACCCAUCUGUCUGUGUCUGGCCAGUCUCGACCAGCUGGCCGCCGUCAACCCACCAUUCAGUCCACUUUUGUGGGAAUUCAUGAGGAGUUGCUAUCCGGGAGGCAUCAGCUGCGUGGUACCUAAAGGCGACUGGCUGCAGCGCCUGGGACUAGGGGAGGCCGCGGACCUGCUGGGUAACAAAGACAGCAUUUGCAUUCGUGUACCCGACUGCGCUCCCUUGGCCUACAUCGUCAGUCUGGCCGGCCCUGUGGCCGUCACCUCCGCCAACAUCAGCGGCGGCGAGGACAGCAUUCACCACAGCAUGGUUGUUGACACCCUGGGGCACAAGAUCGACGCCAUGGUGUGUGACGGUGAUUCCAAGCAGCUGCAGCCAUCCACUGUCGUAGACUGCACCAAGAUAGAUGAAGGCGUCAUCACCUUUUUUCGCGAGGGCUGCACACCCAUUGCCUACGUCACGCAACUGUUUCAAGAGGCCAAGAAGCGAGUGAGCGCAGCUCCCUGCCCGCUCCUGCCCUCACACCAAGCCUCCACCUUGCAGCGGGUGGCACACAUGCUGCGUGAGGGCAAAGUAGUCGGGGUACCCACGGACACUGUCUACGCUCUGGCCGCCUCGUGCAAGCACCCGGCCAGCAUCACCCGUCUCUACCACGUCAAGGGCCGGCCCCCGGAGAAGCCCAUCUGUCUGUGUCUGGCCAGUCUCGACCAGCUGGCCGCCGUCAACCCACCAUUCAGUCCACUUUUGUGGGAUUUUAUGAAGCGUUGCUAUCCGGGAGGUAUCAGCUGUGUGGUGCCUAAAGGCGACUGGCUACAGCGCCUAGGGCUGGGAGAGGCCGCCAAACUGCUUGGCACCAAAGAUAACAUCUGCAUCCGGGUACCUGACUGCGCUCCGCUAGCCUACAUCGUUAGUCUGGCCGGCCCUGUGGCCGUCACUUCCGCCAACAUCAGCGGAGGCGAGGACAGCAUUCAUCACAGCAUGGUGGUCGACACUUUGGGACACAAGAUUGACGCCAUGGUGUGUGAUGGUAAAUCCAAAGAACUGGCACCUUCGACUGUCGUAAACUGUAUGAACAUCGACAAAGGCCACAUCAGUUACCUCAGAGAGGGUUGCACUCCCGUGGAGUACGUAGACCAACUUUUCGAGAAGGCCAAGGCAGCUGUUCGGGAACGCAAUGUCCGCGGUCCAUCUGUUUUCUCAAGAAGCAAAGACUUCAUCAUUAGUUUGUCUGCCGACCGGAAGUGAAGGAAUCGCCCCAACAUUUCUACAACUGAACAUUUCGUGGUUAGUCCUAUCUUUCGUGGCUAGUGAGGUCGUCUGGUCACAAAUUAGGGAAAAACUUUGAAAUUUCGGACGUUUUUCCUUGAUCUUAUCAGAAGACCUGUCCAUGCCCUCUUUACAUCAUUUUUGAGUGCUGUGGUUGUCUGGAGCAAGGUGUCAGCACCGGUGGGUGGUAAGGACGCAGCGUGUUCGUCUUUCGGUUUCGCGAGACACGCCGCGUGACCAGAACCUUACAGCCUGAGGUACCGGCUAUGAGACACAGGAGUACCACAUGCUUCUGACUGGCAUGGCAAGAGCAUCGAUGUACAAUAAUAUUUAUUCCAUCUGCUUUAAGAGGCGAUAUCAUUAUUUACGUUUAAUUUCCUAUGUUUAAUGUAUUAUCUAUAUUGUACCCAUUUUCACACAGAAUUCUUCAGUCAUUUACUAAUCUUUGUAACUCGCAUCAUUUCUGACCUAAACACUGCCCUGUCACCAUACCAACUAAAACUGAACAUUUCUGUAUUUUAUCCACUGUGAAGAUAAUUUACUUCAUAAUUUUAUAACUGGUCAAUAAAUUCGUGCAAAUGUUUGGUAUUUACAUUUUUCCAAAUUUCUUUAUACAAAUAAAUUAGUAUGUGUUCGUUUUCUUUGAUAUUUUAAUAACUGAUCGUGAACAUUGAAAGAAAACUACGCAGUUAUGUUUAGUAAGACACAAACCUUCAGGCACACAUUUUGCGAAACUUUAAUGUGAACAAUACCUAACAGAAGUAUAAAAUGUGUACAAGGAAAGAAAGGAUUUUUUGUCCAUAACUCUCGAAUAAACAGUCUGAACGUAACAUGGCUUUAAAAGCUAUAAACUUGCUGUUUUACUGAAAGACAAUUCAUAUCCGGUAUGUUGAUAAAUAUCUUUACAAUGGUCUCG